CGCUGGAUCCCACAGACGCGCGAGGUUUCUCACACAGCAUCAGUACACCAGCACGCGGGCUUCAACUCACAGGUGCUCCUGUCUGCUGCUUGUUUAAAACAAAAAUAUAUAUAUUUCCUUCGUUUCUUAAUACAAUUAAGAGAUCCGAGUUGAUCAGCGGAAAAGAAACUAUAGCACAAACACACCCGCGGGAUUAACGGAAUUUGGAGGAUGUGUGGUGUGGAUGUGGACCUGGAGGAUGGUUCAGUCGAGGAAGAGAAAGAAGAGGAGUUCUGGAUCGGGGAGGGAGUGAAGAUGCUGCCCCCUCCUGUGGCCCACAGUGGGGGCAGUGCAUGGGGCAGCCGCAGGAGCAGGUUCGGCUGCCUGGCCUGUGGGGCGGCCCUCGUCCUCUGGGACAUAUUUGUGGUUUCAGCCAGUGCUUUGCUCCUGGCUGUUGUCUUCUCUGUGGUGCUGCUCCCUCCAAUGCUGCUGCUGUAUGCCGGUUUCCUCUGCCACUCCAGGGUCCUUGAUGCCCCCUCUGCCAUAUGCCGCUACCUUGACGACAACAGCUGCUCCGCCCUCAUCAUCUUGGGUUUUGUGAUGAUGUCACCACUCGUGGUCGUGGCGGCGGCUAUCUUCUGCGGGCUGGUCCGAAGGUUUCGAAUCCCGCUUCUCAUUCAGCCGAUCUCACGUGCCUGGUACAGAGGGCGACUGUUGGACUGGGUCGGCAGCCUCCACGCCUGGGUCUGAUCGAGACGAGGUUGGAUAUGCUAACAGCCGGGGGAGAUCAAAAAGUUAGAUUAGUGUCAAUCAACCAGAGAGAUACAGGGGGUAGACAAAAUAACAGAAACACCUCCAAAUAUAUUCAAUAGUAGUGAGAUGUUGACACAACUGGAUGCUACUUUAGACAGGGCUCCCCGUUUUGGUAACACUUAUUUACAUUCUUGCAGAGAGGUAGUUACAUUUCUCUUUGAUCGUGGUUAACGUGGGGAAAGGGUUUUAGGCAGCAAUGGAUGAUUUUGAGGGGGGGUUUCAUUACCAGGAUUGACUACCAGGACAAAUGGGCUAUGGACAGAGCCAUGCUAGCUUUCCCCCCCCGUUUCCAGUCUUUAUGCUAAGCUAACCUGCCCCUUACUUUAUCAUUGUUCUUAACUGACGGGUGUGAGAGUUGUGUGGCUCUCGAGUUUUGUACUGUUGUUGAACUGAUUUGCAUAUUGAAAAGUGUCUCUGUUAUUUUGUCUACCCACUCUAUGUUUAUUUUGUGAAAAUAUGAUCAUGCUUAAGUUUAUUGUAGCAAUGUCAACCUCGUGGAGUGAUGUCUGUACUUAAACUUCACAAAACCAAACAUAUUCUUUACUAAUUUGAUACAAGAGGAACAAAAUGCAUCCUAAGAGAGUUAAAAUCACUUUUGUAAAAUUAAGGGUAAAGGAAGGAUUUUCAUAAAUAUUGCAAUAUCACGGCUUUGACCCAAAAAAUGACUCGGAGGAAUUGUCAUUUUCAGUUUACAAGGUAGCAGAAACACUAACCUCUUUAUCGUUGUGGUGUUGGUUAAACAUUAUUUAUUAAAACAAAUAUUUUUGUGUUUCCUGUUUGCUAACUAUGUUGACAGGGUUUCAUGUGCCAUUUUCUCAGAAAUGUGUUUCUGUGAAAUUAUUUGUGCUUGUAAAUUAGAAGUCAAUAGCAGAAAUAGCAGAAAGUCAAAACAUAGUUGCGUAAAUAACAUUUGGUGUUUUGAAUUUAACUUGGUUUAGUAAGUUGGAUUUCAUUUCCGAUGACCUUCAAACACCCUGAAAAUAGGAUAAAUAAAGAUGUAAGAUACAAAUCAGCAUAUGUGGAAAUGAAUAUUGUCUGUUAGGAGAAUAAAUAGACAUUUAAAUUUGUUUAUCUGAUACAGCGUCUCUAGCAGUCAUGGAGGGAGGGAAGGCUAUAUAUGAAACAUUUAAUUGAAUUGUCUCUCUCAGCUCACAUUGUGCCAUAACAAAACACACUCUUCCUUAUAAAACAUCAGAAGUCGAGCAGUACAACAAAGAAAAAUGGCUUUUCAGUGGAAGCCAGGUGGUUAAGUGAGAUUUGAAUCAUCAGAUAAGGAGCUCAUCCUAAUACCUCUUUGCAUUGCUCUUUGUCCGCGUGUCCAUGCUCUAAUCUAGUAUUUAAGUAUCUAGUAUGGUUUUUUAGAAGAAAGCUUUGAAUGUUUUUCCUGAUGAGCAGUUGUUACUUGUUCUGUGCCAUUGUUAUAACACUAACAUGUAUUUAUUUUCUAUUUUUGCAGAGUGCUAUACUGGUAAAUCACCUCUUAAGAUGAUGUUUGUGAAAGAUUAGAGGAUUUCUUUUUUGUUCACUUUUUCAUUUCAGUGUAGACAGAAACACAUUGUCAUGAUCACACAUACAGCAAAAAAGAGGGUGUUCAAAAUAGAACAAUGUGACAGAGUCUACAUCACAACAUAAAUGCUUCAACAGUUUACUUUUUGUCACAUUUGUGCAAAUUAAAGGGACAUUUUGCAUCUGAUGUUGAAUUUGUCGAGUCUAUCCUGAUAGUGUAUGUACUCCAUUUACCACCAUAUUGACGGCUGCAUCAUCCUCCUCUUGUUCAGAGUGUGCAGUGUUCACGUCUGAUUGCACUCUGUAGAAAUGUGGGUGUUUACCUAACAAUUUGUGUGAGCUCUUAACAAUGUCUGCCUAGCAAAAGAAUGUAUUUCUGCCUGCCUGACAAAUAUACAAAUGGUCAAAUCUCAACACUCAAUAGUAAAGAGAAAAUGGAUUUUGUCACGGAAAAUUAGAAACUGUUAAGUGUUGAAAGCUGGAAAUAAUUCCUUGUUUUCCAAUCAGGA